ACUUCCGGUCCGCGGAGGGCACUGGCGACCCUGGCGGGUUGAAUGCACCAUCACAUCUAAGCUGUCAGCAAGUUUGUUGGUUUUAAUCUCCAAAAUACGUCUUGAUUUUGUCUGACUCUUUGCCACCACCCUGAUGUAAGCCCCUAUCAUCUCCUGCUUGAAUCACUGGUCAUUGGCGUGGUCAUUCUCAGUCUCCUCGGAGGGAGUGUGAAGAUGCUUAAAGAGCAUCCAGAGAUGGCGGAAGCUCCUCAGCAGCACUUGGGUGUUCCUGUGGUGAAACUGGAGAAAGAGUUGCCAUGGGGCAGAGGAAGGGAAGACCCUAGUCCAGAGACUUUUCGGCUAAGGUUUCGGCAGUUCCGCUACCAGGAGGCAGCUGGACCCCAGGAAGCUCUUAGAGAGCUCCAGGAACUCUGUCGUCGGUGGCUGAGGCCCGAGUUGCACACCAAGGAGCAGAUCCUGGAGCUGCUGGUGCUGGAGCAGUUCCUCACUAUCCUGCCCCGCGAGUUCUACGCCUGGAUCCGGGAACAUGGCCCAGAGAGUGGCAAGGCUCUGGCUGCCAUAGUGGAGGACCUGACAGAAAGAGCGCUGGAGGCCAAGGCGGUUCCAUGCCACGGGCAGGGGGAGCAGGAGGAAACGGCACUUUGCAGAGGCACUUGGGAGCCAGGCAUCCAGCUGGGGCCAGUGGAGGUCAAGCCUGAGUGGGGGAUGCCCCCUGGGGAAGGAGUUCAAGGUCCAAACCCGGGUACCGAGGAGCAGCUCAGUCAGGACCCUGGAGAUGAGACGCGGGCCUUCCAGGAGCAAGCACUACCUGUUCUGCAGGCGGGUCCUGGCCUCCCCACAAUGAAUCCCAGAGACCAAGAGAUGGCAGCCGGGUUCUUUACCGCUGGACCGCAGGGGUUGGGGCCAUUUAAAGAUAUGGCCCUGGCCUUCCCUGAGGAGGAGUGGAGGCAUGUGACCCCAGCCCAGAUAGACUGCUUUGGGGAGUACGUGGAACCGCAGGACUGCAGGGUCUGCCCAGGUGAGACUGUCUUCACCCACAGAAUGGCUUCCACAAUGUAAAAAGAAAACAGAACCCUAAGAAAGAAAAAUUAUGGAUGAAGGAAGAUUGUUCAAUGAAAAGUGGACAAAUGACUAUUUUUCUUGUUGAGGCAAAUAGCGAAGCACUCUGCUUAAUUUCUAUGGAAUUUGUACGAGUUUUCAAAGACUAUAAUUUGAAGAGGCAUUAUAUGCAAAAACCUGCUGACAAAUUUGGUGUGUAUGUGUUGUAAGGACAAAAUGGCAGAACUGAAAAAAAGUCUCUUUUCAACAAAAAAGAUAUUUAAAAUAGAACUCAAACGAACUCUAUUGUAAGGUAAAAGCUAGUUAUGUGUUAGCAAAUUUAAUAGCAAAAAAGUCAAAACCAUUUACUGAUGGUGAGUUUAUUAAGCAAUGUAUGGAAGAUGUGGUAGAUAUUAUUUGCCUUUAGAAACUGAUAUUUCUAAAAUCAGUUUGUCUCACCAGACUAUAGCCAGGAGAAUUGAAGAAAUUGGGAAAUCUAUUGAAAGACGUUUGGAGAGUAAAACUGCUAAUUUAAAAUUGUAUGCUUUGGUGAUGGAUGGAGGCACUGGCUGACACUACAGAUGGGACACAACUUGCUAUUUUUAUUGGAGGUAUUGAUGAUGAAUAUAAUGUCACUGAAGAAAUGGAAAUGUCACCAUGCCAUUAAUAGACACAGCUAAAUCAAGAGAUUUAUACAAAGCAAUGAAAAAUACAUUAAAGCGGUUUUCUUUUUCCAUUGUAAACAUAUCUGAUACAGCUACAGAUGGUGCCCUGGCGAUGGUAAAAGAGAGGGUAAAAGAGAUGGUAAAAGCUACAGAUGGUAAAAGAGAGGGGCUUGUACAGUUAAUAGAAGAUGAUGCAAUUGCCGCAUAAAACUCACGUUUGAUGAAGUAUUAUUGCAUAAUACAUCGAGAAAAUCCAUGUGCACAAGCUUUAAAAAUGGAUAACGUCAUGCCAAUUGUCAUGAAGGCUGUAAAUUUUACAAGGGCCCAGGGAUUGAAUCAUCACUAGUUCCAGGAAUUCCUUAAAAGUAUGGAUGCUGACUCUAGCAACGUCAUUCCCUUUUUAGAAGUAAGACAGUUAAGUCAAGGCGAAAUGUAAAGAUUUUAUGCUUUGUGAUGUGAAAUCAAGCCGUUUAUGGUGUCAAACACAAAAUUUGUGCCAGAACUUGCCAAUGAAAACUGGCUUACAGACUUAGCAUUUUUAGUGGAUUUGACAGCCCAUUUAAGUGAGUUAAACCUGUGUCUUCAAGGUGAAAACCAACUUAACAACACAAUGUUUCAAACCAUAACAGCAUUCCAAAUGAAACUGAAAUUAUGGCAAGCUCAAAUUAAGGCAAACAAUUGAAUGCAUUUCGACGUGUUGGCUAAACAUGGUCCUGUGAACAGCCAAAAAUAUGCAGCCUUGCUUUUCAAUUUGAUACAGGAAUUUGAAAACAGGUAUUUCAAGAUUUCUGAAAAAAUAAUCAGUAUUUUGGUAUAUUUACGACUCCAUUUUCAGUUGACAUAAAUAUGUUACCUGCCAAUUUUCAAAUGGAAUGCCAAGAGCUGCAAUCUGACUUUCAACUUAAAGAAAAAUUUGAUCAUCCCUUUUUACUAGGCUUUUGUGAUACUAUCUUACCAAUGACAAAUAUCCCUCGCUUCACUAUUCAUGUCAUUGCUUUUUGGCAGUAUCUAUAUUUGUGACCUACUAUUUUCAAGGAUGAAGAACACGAAGAGUAAAACUAGAACCCAAAUAUCUGAUGAGCACCUUGAGAACUCACUGGGAAUUGCAACUACUUCCAUCAAGCCAGAUACUGAUGCAUUAGUUUCUCAAAAACAAUGUCAAAUACUCCACUAGUUUUAUGUUGUCCUCUCUUCUUUUAUAAAAAAAAAAAAAUCAAAAAAAGUAGUGAAGUUUUUUUUUUAGUUAGAUAUGUACAUUUUCUUUCUUUUUUUUUAUUAUUAUACUUUAAGUUCUAGGGUACAUGUGCAUAACGUGCAGGUUUGUUACAUAUGUAUACUUGUGCCAUGUUGGUGUGCUGCACGAUAUGUACAUUUUCUAUAUCAGUGAUUGCAAACUUGGGGACUGUUCAAUGAUUUUGAAAGACCCUCUGAAUGGGGCAGUGAAUAAUUAGGAUUAUUAUGUGAGGACAUUUUUGCUUAUCUGUGGUGGUAGAUAUAAUGAAAACUAUACACGGACCUUUUGUGUGUGUGUGUGUGUGUGUGUGUGUGUGUGUGUGUGUGUGUGUGUGUUAGUGUAUUUUAUGUGUGGCCCAAGACAAUUCUUCUUCCACUGUGGCCCAGGGAAGCCAAAAGAUUAAAUACCUCUGCUUUCAUUCAGUUCUUAUCAAAAUUAUGGCUGGUUUGUUUGUAGACACUUAUAAGCUUAUUCUGAAUUUUUAUGGAAAGGCAAGGGAUAAGAAAAGCUAAAACUAUUUUGAAAAUAUAAAUCAAUGAAGUAGAAAGAAUCGCUCUAUAUGAAGUUAAGAGUUACUGUACGCUACUAGAGUCACCACAGUGUGGUAUUGGUGGAGGAGUAAACACAGUCAUCAAUGGGACAGUAAAGAAUAAGAAAUAGAUGCACAAAGUAUGCUCAGCUGAUUUUUGACAAUAUGCCUACCUUUCCAAAAUGGUGUUGGAACAUUUGGACAGUCAUAGUCUGCAAAAAGUGAACCUUGAUCUAAAUCUAAUAACUUAUGCAAAUAUUAACACAAAAUGGGUAAUAGAGUUACAUUUUGUAAAGUGUUAAACUAUAUAACUCUUAGAAAAAGCAACGUAGAAAGGAGGGCUAAGCAAAGGAUUUUCAGACUUGACACCAAAAUAACAAUCCAUAAAAGGAAAUAUUAAUACAUUGGCCUCCUCAAAGAAAUAAAAGUUUGCUCUGAUAUAGACCCUGUCAGAGAAAAAGACAAACUCCAUGUUGUGACUGUAGGCUAGCAGGAGGGAGCCACAUGGUGACAGAAUGGGUCUGCCUCUUGAUGGUGCCAGUCGUUGCACAAAUUUACGAAUGUGAAAAAUUUGCUUAGAACUACACACACACAUAAACACACACAAAUGAGGGCAUGUAAAACUGCUGAAAUCUGAAUAAGCUCUGUAAGCUAUAUCAAAGUCAAUUUCCUGUACUAUAGUAUUAGGUGUGUGCAAAUGUUAUUUCAGUUUGCCAUUUUAACUUUUGUGCCAACCUAAUAUGAAUAUACUAUAUUUAUAGUUAACGCAGGAUUGCAAGAUGUUACCAUUGUGGGGGACAGGAUGAAGAGUACAUGGAACCUUCCUGUACAUUUUUUAUGUAACUUUUUCUCAAUAUGUAAGUUUUUUCAAAAUAAAAAUUUAAUCAAUGGAUCAAUCAUUAUUUAAGUUUCAAAAAAUGGAUGCUUACCCUUCGAUUUGUGAAGACAGAAUAACAUUCUUUCACUAGCACUGUUUUGAUCAUGUCGGGAUCUGUGAUGGUCAGCACAGGGAGUUGACCAUCUUGCGUUCUGUGUGGGGACAACAGAGCUGAUUAAACUUCACUAGCCCGAUUCUGCAGCUGGAGCCACACCCAGGAAGCCAGACUUUGAUCCUGAUGUCAUGUAACCCAUGCCCCUAGUUGUACAACACACAGCAACCUUCAGUUCUAGUUCAUUAGGGUGUGACACGCAGCAAGAGUCUGACACAGGAGCCAUCCAAGUCUUCAUACGAUGAAGGGUAAUGUGGCCCAAACAGAGAAGAGACAUUGCAAGACCAAAGAGCUCUCUAAAGACAUCAUGGCUAGAAAUGACAGUACAGCAUUUGUUAAGCUGGAUGGUGCAUACGUGGGUAUUUCCUAUGCCACUCUCCAUAAUGUU